AUGCGCAGUAAGAAAGAAAUUGAGUUCCUCGAGCUAAAGCAGGGAAAUAUGAUAGUUGUUGAGUAUGCUGCUAAGUUCGAAGAACUGGUGAAGUUUUGUCCACUCUAUAAUAAUGUGUCAGCUGAAGGGUCUAAGUGUAUCAAGUUUGAAAACAUAUUACGUCUAGAGAUCAAGCAAGGUAUUGGGUAUCAAUACAUUAGCUUAUUUCUUAUGUUGGUGAAUAAGUGCAAGAUUUAUGAUGAGCAUAGCAGAGCCCGGUCUGCUCACUAUAAGAGUCUUAGUGAGAAAAAAUGGAAGAAGCGGAAUUAUGGAAAACUAUAUAGUGCUCCAGCUGGCAAAGGGAAGCAUAAGGCUUCAGAUAAGAAAAGGCUAAGUGGUGGAGAGGCUCCCGCUUCUAUCAAGUGCUUUAAGUGUGCGGUCGCGGGUCAUUGUGUCAAUGACUACAAAAGUUCUAAGAAGAGAAGCUUCAAGUGUGGGAAGACUGGACAUCUUAUGGCUGAUUGUAAGAGUAGCUCGCUAACUUGCUUCAACUGUGGAGAACGAUGUAACAUUAGUACUCAUUGCCAGAAACCCAAUAAGGUUCAGUCUGGAGGAAAGGUUUUUGCUUUGACUAGGUCAGAGACUACUAGCACAGGCAUAUUGAUUUGA